CUAUGCGCUCUUCUACCACAGUUCGUCCGCUGCGGAUCCUUGAGGUUAAAUGUUCCUUUGCUGAAUGUUUAGGAUACCCCGCGGUAGUGCGUGAGGCGAUGCAGGCACUUCUGCUUCUUUCCACAAACUUAAUCCUGUGAAAGUGUUGACCAUGGUCUGGGCUGUGCGUAAAGGUUAGAGAGGGCGGACCACUGCGCGCAGCACCCGGGGGGCGAGCCGAAAUACACUCAAGACCCUUCUUUUGACUAAAGUCACCAAAUAUUCGGAGGAUGGAACAAAAUGGGAAUAAGUGUGAGGACAACUCUGAGUGUGCAGAGGAAGAAGAAGAGGUGGAUCCCAGAAUCCAGGGAGAGCUGGAGAAGUUGAACCAGUCUACAGAUGACAUCAACCGCUGGGAGAGUGAGCUGGAGGACUUCCGGCAGAGGUUUCGCGCGGUGCUGGCGGAGGCCACGGUGAAGCUGGACGAGCUGGUGAAGAAGAUCGGACGAGCCGUGGACGACUCCAAACCCUACUGGGAAUCCCGCAAAGUGGCCAAAAAGGCUCGAGUUGAAGCCCAGCAAGCCACACAGGAAUUCCAGAGGGCCGUGGAGAUCCUGCGGGCAGCUAAGGAGACCAUUGCUCUAGCUGAGGAGAGGCUUCUGGAGGAAGACACUCGCCAGUUUGACUCCGCCUGGCAGGAAAUGCUCAACCAUGCCACACAGAGAGUCAUGGAGGCAGAGCAGGCCAGGAUACGCAGUGAAGCUGAACACAAGAAAACAGCAGCCAACUACAACUCCUGCAUCAGCCACAUGAAGCAGUUAGAGAAGAAGCUGAAGCGCUCCAUCAACAAAUCUAGACCCUAUUUUGAACUGAAAACCAAAUACUAUCUACAACUUGAGCAACUGAAGCACCAUGUGGAUGAGCGUCAGGCCAAACUGAUGGUUGCCAAGGCGGAAUACCGCACAGCGUUACGCAACCUGGAGAGCAUCUCGGAGGAGAUCCAUGCAAGGCGGCGUUCCCUCACCAUGGGAACCAGGGAACAAGGCGUUGGUGCAGAGGGAGACGAUGGUAACGAGGAUAUCGCUGACUUCAAAAUGGAGUCAGACGCGGUGUCAAUGGUGUCAGUAUCAAUUGACGAAGAGGGCAGUCAGAGCUCAGAGGAGGAGGCCGACACACACACCACCUCCUCACAUCCAGCCACGGCGUCCUCGCCCUCAUCUCUGCACUCACAUCCUCCCACUUCUGCCUCCACCCCCCUCGACAUGCCUCCCCUUUGCCAUCCCUCCUCGUUCGACACCCCCUGCUCCUUCCUCAACUCGUCUCCUCCUUCCUCCACCCUGUCCUCCUCUUGUCCCGGUGGUCUGGAGUUGGCCAGCCCCUGUAGCUCUCACAGCCCAGACUCAGCGUGUGGUUCUGGGCACAUCUCACCUCUCCUGGGUCCUCGCAGCCAGUGCAGUGGAGCUUCCUCUCCAGACUGCGAACAGGAGAGAGGUGACAGAGCAGAAGGAGCAGAGGCCACAGUAGAGGACAGUCUAAACAAGUUAACCUUGAAUGUUGCACAAACACAAGAGGACUCGGAGCAAGAUCCACAAUUCACUGACCCUGAAGUCUCCUCCCCCGGCGCCGCCGCUACGGUUCUGCUCCUCAACAGCGUCUAAUGGACGUGUGCUGCACCUUAAAUACUGACUGCACCUAUCUUCAGGUCUCAAAACGGACUCAUUGCAGAGCGUUUCGGAGCAGGAUGAACAUGAAAGUGACGGAACGGCAGGCCGCCAUCCCGCAUGACUCGCUCUCUUCGUGUUGUGUAAACAUCAGUGUUGUCACAUGAAAGAUGUUAUGUAGUGUGCUUAUGCUCACCUUCUUCACCUUGCAGGACACAAAUACGAAAGUAUGUAAAUAUUGCUCAGAAGUGAGAGCUGUUUCACAUCUGCAGUGUGAGACUUUGUGUUUGUCCAAGGGCAUCAGCAACGUUUGGUCGAAACAGCCUCGCUUACGAUGGAGUCUUUGUUUCCUUGCAGAGAGACCUCGCUUCUAUUUAUUUGUGCCGUAAAAUCUCCCUCCAGAAUCUAUCAGUCAUGUCAGCUGUGAUAUAACAUGUCUGUAGCUAUGCAUUGACGUGGCCGCAUUAAUAUAGUCAACUUUAAUUUACAUUAACCUUCCUGAGGCACCACUAAGAGACAUUUUCUAUCAGUAUUAGCUGCGAACAUCUUCACGUAAGGAUCAAAACGGGACAGAAACCGACUGGUGUCUUUCUCUGACGUCUUUAAAUGUCAUUUUUGACUUCAGAGAAACACGAAGGAAGAAAGUGCACAGCAAGCAGUACUUUGAUCCCUAAACUAAAGAGACUUAAAGUUGGAUCUCACCCCCCCGAGACACGAAUGGUCUUCCAUUCAUAUUUGUGAACGUGUGUGUGAAUGUGUCAUUGAGAGCAAAGUUCAAACCCGACUCUGAGUCAGUUUGUUUUCAUGGCUGAGUGAAAGGUUUUUUUGAAUGUGUGUUGUGAUUUUGUCAGUUAUUCAGAUAUUACCCUUUAGUACAGAUCUUCUAUAUUUAUACUCAUGUAUUCUUGGAUAAAAACAGUGUUUGUGUUUAUUGUUGUAAUAGUUUAGUACAAAAUAAGCAAUAAAUCUGUUUCAUGUCAAGUUUUUAGUGACUGAAAAUGAUCCUUCAUCAUUUCUACUGUUGGACUGAGGUCAGAAUGUUUCUGCUUCUCGGGCUGUUUUGUUUUUUUCUUUGAUGGACUUGUUUUCCCCUGAAAUGUAUUUUGUUGGUAUUUUAUUUUGAAAUCCAGUAGUGCAACUCGGACUUAACGCUCCAUGAUAGCAAGUCUUCCUUGUCCAGCUGCAGCAGAACAGUGUGUUUAGCAUCUCAUGCUGAGAAAAGGUGUUUAUAUAAAUGUUAGCCUUUUCAUUAAAACCAAAAACAUUUAUUUUGUCUAAAACUGUAAAUGGACAUUAAUCUUAUUCCUGGAGAACCGUGAAGUUUCAGUUUUCAGAUUAUGAUGAAAAUGUUAAAAUUAGAUGGUGUUAACGGUUGUGAAUCUACAGUAUAUCCAGUUUUGAAAACCAACGCUCGUUUUUUCCCACUCAGAUCUUCACAGUUCCUUUGUUCCAGACAUGAUGCCUUUUCACUUGAUUUUUAAUGCCAGACUUUGAUAAACCUCUGUUCUCCAGAUGAAUCAAAGCACCAAUUCAUUCACCUGGAUAUCUGCUCAGUAAUCAUCCUCACAUGAAUCAGGGAACGUCUGCUGUAUUAUGGGAUUUGUGAGGACUUUUACUUUUAGUAAAGCCAAGCAGUGUUGUGAAACAGCUCCUUCUGUUUUUAUUAAGAAACACUACUGUAUGUAGCACUUCUAACCUCAUAAUACGGCAUAUCACAAGAAAGGUUUCGUCUACCUAAAGCGUGGGACACAUUGAAGCGGGAAAAGAACUCACAAUUGGUCAUGUUUUCACACACAUAUAUGACUUUUAUUCCUCACAAUUUUCCCCU